CAGAAUUUAAAGAUUCAGAAAAAUUUGGAUUGGACGUAAAAGGACAUUAUGGCUCAAAAUGGUCACAUCAUGGGAAACGUGGCAGGUCAAAGCACUGAAGACUGUAUUCCUGAAUACCAAAGAAAUAACUCCCAUUAUCAGUUGGACUUGGGCCUUUUUCAAGACAGCAUCAACAUUAAGCGACUAAGCCUUAAGCGGAGGCCCAGAGUGGCUCUCAAAGAUGUGGAAAAAACACAGAUUGGUGUUUCAAGUGGACGGGUGCCUUCUGCCGAGUCCCUGACACUUCCUGGUGGCGAUGAUACGAGACAGUUCGGUAUGUCUUCUACAGCAAAAGGUAGACCUCCGCUGCCCCCACCACAUAGUUCCUUAUUGGAUGACAGACGUUCCAAGAGUGAAGGUCCUGGCACCUCUCAGAAACAUUCAAAAUCAAAACCUCAACAGGCAGAGAAAAAUGUGGCUCCACAACUACCAAGCCCAGGGAUAGAACAGACAGUUUUGGAAACCCAUAAACACAUAAGCCAGUCUCCACCUCAACCCCUUCCCCGUCGCCGACUAGCCAGCUUUGGAGGCGUAAGCCCUGCUGGGUCACACUCACCCUUCACUGGUCUGGGUGCGUAUAAUCAGAACAACAAUGGGAACAAGCCAGCUGAUGACAUGAAUGCCCACCUUACCUCGUCCCUAGGAAGUAGAGGCAGCACAGGGUGUCUGAGGUUGAGCCCACAGAGCUCUGGCAGAAAUACCCCAGUCACAAGCCUUGGGUCUAUGCACCUGCAACAUGUCCGUGACCAGAUGGUGGUAGCUCUAAAAAAGCUGAAGGAAUUGGAGGAGCAGGUGAAAAUCAUUCCUAUCCUUCAAGUCAAAAUCUCAGUCCUUCAGGAAGAAAAGAGGCAGUUGGUCUCUCAGCUAAGUGACACAAAGAGUAUAAAUGAUAUGGCCUGGAAAACAUCAUAUGGGAUAGAAGGGUUUGACUUUGAGAAAAAAGGGAACAUUGAAGCAAAACAUAUUGAAGAGUGUGGACACACUGACUUUAGAGAAUUCAGGCAACUCGGUGAAGAGAUGCAGGCAUUGGAUAGAACCAUUAAAGGGCGACAUUUGUUUGCAUGGCAUGAAAAAGGCUGUUGUCCAUCACAAGAAAAGAUUACUAAGUCUAUUGGCAUUGAAACUGAUGCUGUUAUGAAAAUGACUUUAUCUAAAACCUCAAAAGAAAACAAAUCUGUGCACACAGACCAGUUAGAGACCAGAUCAAUUGCAACAGAAGUGAAUGAGGUCAUUCUUGGAAUUGACACAAAAAAAGAAGCAGAACUUGAAGCCCAUCGAAAACGUAAUGCUGCCUUAAAGGAGAGGAUUUCCCAGUUAGAAACGGAGUUAAAAGAAUCAGCUCUUCAGAUAGAGCUGAGCUGUCUGAAACUGGAACUUCAGGCGGCAGGAGCCAGGAACCGGGUUGACAAGGCCUGCUUCGCUAAGCCGUACACUGUAAGUGUAGGCACAAUAACAAGACCAUCUACUAAAAGUCAGGGAGUUGGUAAUCACAAAGAGUUUCAAGAUUCCAGCGCAGGGGAUGCAACACAAGUAAAAACUGUGGCGGUAUCUUGCAGGCCAAAGAUGAAGGAUAUAUGUACAGGCCCAGACGUGCCUAUGAGGCACUGGGAAGUCAGGGAACGAAAGGAGACCAGUGAAAAGGCUGUCGGGAUUCAAGUUUUCACAAGCACAGUGGGAAUUGGGACAGAGGUAGAGCUAUCUGAUGCCAAAACCAAUACAGAGUUGGCACUAGAGGAUCUAGUAUUUAUAAAAGAAAAGCUGAAGUGUCAUUCUGUGGCUUGUGGGGAAUAUUCUGUUGAUUUCCCUAUUUGCGAGGCAAAGGAAAUGAUUUCUCAAGGUAUUACCACAGAUUCAGUCAGAGGAGUUGAUUUGGGAAUAAUGGUAUCACCCCAAAUGGCUUCGCACCGUACCAACACAGUGUCCAGUUCAGUGACUCGCUUCACCAACACCAGUCAAACCUUUAGCAAUGACUCCAGCACAAACACACUCAUCAGCAAGCAUGACAAGCACACAAACACUACCCAUACAUUCACUCGUACUGUAUCCGUUGGCAGUGGGGUUGGAGGGAUUAUUUGCACAACGGAAACUCGGACAGUUGGUGUAAAUACUGCCAAUUCAGAGUGUUAUUCAAAACUACCACCAGACACAGUGAACAAGGCAACCCGAGACUGUGGUGUUGGGUUAACAAACAUCUAUGAGAAUUUCCUUGUUGGACUGAAAACACGCAACAUGGCUUCCGGACCGUCGCAUCUUCCUGAUCCCAUCAAGACAAGGAGUAUAGGUGUAGGUGAAGGUAGGAUACGGGAUUUUUCUGUUUUAUCUUGCAUACCCAAACCAAAGUUUGAGCAAUCUUCACAGUUUCAGUGGGAUCACGAGUUAAACCAUUACAUAGAGAAGAUGCACAGGCUCUUGAAGGAGCACGGAGACCUUGUUACAGGGGAUUGCAGUGACCAUCACACCAGCUCCAAACCAAUCAGCAAUGUCAAAAAUAUGACAGAAGCAGGGGCAGUUAUACAUCAAUUCACCUCUCAGCCAACAGACUUGCUUUCCCCAUCUCAGCCUCUAGGUGUCUCCAAAGAACAUCCAGAAAUCUCCAAACAAGAUGGUAAUGAAUCAGAGGUGAAGAAAAUGAUACAAAUUUUAGAGCAGCAAGUCAUCGCAACACGACAAGACAGGUCAGCUAAUGCCUGUAAGCCCUGGUCUGUAAUAAAGAAACAGGGUGCUGACCAGUGCCAUACAAGCAACAGGAAAAGCAUGAAAUUUAUGAAGGUGGCUGCAGGAUUGGAACCAAUAUCCUCUUUCGAGUAUGAGGAAAGAGAAGGAAGGGGAAAUGAAACCUUAAGAAAUUUUUCCCAAGAUGGAUGGCAAGCAAAAAAAAAAAUAGAUGGCUCCAACAAAGGGUCAAAAGGCAGUUUGAAAUUAUCUAGACAACACAGAUGCUAUUUAAGUGAAAGUAUGUUUUCUGCAUGCCAAGCUUUAAAGAUGCACCUGAGUGUGGACCCAGCUCUGUCCAGCAGGGAUUUGCAGGAGUCUCUAUACACACUCCAGCAAGAGUGGUUCUCUGUGUCUAGCCACAAGUCAGCUGCUCCUGACACAGUAGGGGAGUACUUAUGUGCGUUCCACAUGAUUUCACCCUCAGUGUUGCAACACAUAGUCAACAUGGCUGAUGGCAAUGGAAACACAGCUCUACACUACAGUGUUUCUCACUCUAACUUUGGUGUUGUCAAGAAAUUGCUUGAUGCAGAGGCAUGCAACGUGAAUCAGCAGAACACAGCAGGUUACACUCCCAUAAUGCUGGCUGCACUCGCAGCUGUGAAACACCCUAAGGACAUGGGGGUGGUGGAGCAGCUCUUCAGAAAAGGAGAUGUCAAUGCCAAGGCCAUCAAGGCUGGUCAGACUGCUCUGAUGCUAGCUGUGAGCCAUGGCCGGAUGGACAUGGUUCAGGCUCUCCUGGCACAGGGUGCAGAAGUCAACAUCCAGGACGACGAGGGCUCCACGGCUCUGAUGUGUGCCAGCGAGCAUGGCCAUGCUGAGAUCGUCAAACUGCUGCUGGCACAGCCCGACUGUGAUGCCACCCUCACUGACAGCGACAACAGCUCAGCCCUGUCCAUUGCAUUAGAGGCUGGUCACAAUGACAUCGCUGUCCUUCUGUAUGCCCAUGCCAACUUCUCCCGAUUCACAGGGGGAGCAGCUCGACACUGUGGCAGGUUUCCUUCUUCCUCAGGAGGAAGGAGCAUCUUUGAACCCUGAAGGGAAUAUUCAUAAAGCUCAUUUAGGAGAUGAUUUGAUUCAAAGCUUGAGCAACAAACUGACUGAAGCUACUCAGUCAAAAUGCAGCAUUUUCUGCAGUUGUGUAUGCGUGGUAAGAUUCUAUAUUAGCAUGGCAGAGUAGUUUACAAUUUGUUUUAUCACAAAAUAUUUGAUAUAUUUUGACGUUAGUGAUACGCAUAACUAUGUGUAAUGUUUCAUUUGUGUUAUUCAGAAAAUAUUGACUUAAUAUAUAAACCUUUUAUUGGAUAGCAUGCAAUGUCUUUGGAGGUAAAAUCCAUUUUUUCUAUCCCAAACUAAAAUUAGCAUCUCUUCCUAUUCUUAUAUGUUAUUUAAACAUGAUACCAGAGCCACAUAGGUUUUAAUUAUGAUUUUUGUUUAACAUGUAAUUCUGUGUUUCAUUUAUGGCAUUAAAAAAACUUGAAUGAAUUAUGGAAAGAGAAAUAUUUUGCUUUGUUCUCUUUGUUUUGAAAAUUUGUCAACAUAAGACAGCACAAUGAACUGUCUUUUUUCUUUUUCUUAGCCUGGUUAAUUGUGUUCAAUUUCUGCAGCUCAUUGAUGAUUCUUAAGUUUGUUUUUUAAAUAAAUUAUCUACCAUGUUUUUAAUUAA